UAGCAAAGAUGCAGGAUGCUACUAAAUAGAUAAAGCAAAAUAACUACGUCUCUGGGUGUACCCCGAAUGCACCAUACAACACAACAAAUAGUCCUUCCAUCUCUAUCGUUUGACGGUUGCGCCGCCCCCUUCCCUAUCUGAAUGCCUUGUUCGCAUGGGGGGCUCGGAAUAUGGAACGGCGUAUACUGUCAUCAACUCGGCUUUUGAAGCCUACAUUGAGAAUCUACAAUUCAGAAGAAAGAAGCGAGACUCCGAGUAUUCCCAUCAUCCCCUCUCAUGGAACUUUGGAGUUUUCUCCGGUCUCUCCCCACUGUCUGACAGGGGCUGUCCCGAAACGAAGCCAAUUAUCAACAAUUAUGAACUGGGCCCGGAUCGUAUGAUACUUCCAGCAGGUGAUCUUUCCCCAAAUGGUUGCGAGCCUGAGCCUCAGAAGGUUGAUUGUUCCACUGAAGAGCAGGUAUCAGGACAAUUUGCUGACAACAUCAAGCUAGAGGUCGGUACCCAAACUGGUCGGUUUCCUGCCUCUAGGUCUUCAAAUGAUUACCGCAAGCCGUUUGCUCAAUAUGCCAUAGGAAGCAACGAUUCUGCCAGCUUGAAAAGAACUUUUAAUGUGAAGUGUGAACAUGGCGUAAGUAAAGUCGUAUUAAGACUUUAUUUUGCGCUGCUGUCGCCAGUCUACACUCCACUAGAGUUGUUUAUAAUUGACUGAUGUCCUUUGUCUGCUCGCACCUACAAUGAAUAGACUGUUAGGAUGCUUCCUGAUUGAAGGUCUUGUUCCUGCAUCUAUCUGGCAUUUUACCAUGGAUUGCCGAUGCUCAGGAUCUCUUGUCACUGAUUAUGUACUGGGUCUCCCCUGAAAGUCACCGAUUUUCGUCCGACUUUUUGUGGAUUCGGUUUGAGGAUAAUGAAAGUCUUUAAACCCUUAUAAGUC